AUCAUUUGUAAAUAUUGGUACAUUUUGAAAAUAAAAUUUGAUUUAAGUGAAUUAUUCAGUAUAGUUUUAUUCAUUAAACUGUCAAAAUGAGUACUAAAACUAAAGCUAAAGUUAGAUCUUCGCAAGGAAAGUUAGAGCUUCUAAAACAAUAUGACGAGCUAAUAGAAAGCGGAGCAACUACGUCAGAAGCUGCAUCUAUACUAGGCCUACAUAAUUCUACUCUUAAUCGUAUACUGAAAAAUAGAAAUGAAAUACAAGAAAAUUGUGCUCAAGAACAAGAAGAUCGUUUGAAUUAUCAAAAUGCGAUGAAAAAUUGGUUGCAGACUUCAGAUGUUCCACAAAUGACACAAACAAACAAUCUUGACAACAUGAAUAUGUCCAUUGAUAAAAAAAAGUAUUAUGGCCAAGCUGCAAUGCCUUAUUGGAAUCAAAGAGAGGAACAUCAAAUUCCCAGAAAAAGCAAUAAUAAUCAACCGCAACAGCAACAACAACAGCAACAACAAGCUCCCCUAGCCACAGCACCCCAACAAUUGACAACUGCCUCCAAAGACCCUUAUUAUUACAGUCGACCUGUUAAACAGGAUGUUUCCUUGCUAGCUCCUAUCAGGCAAACUGCAUCCAUUUUCAAGCAACCAGUAACAAUAAUCAAAAAUCACAAAAGCGUAGUAAAGGAUCCACCGACUAGACUAAAUGAAAAAGAUAAGCCCAAACAGUUGUUUUGGGAAAAAAGGUUGGAAGGCUUAAGAGCAUGUGAUUCUAAAGGUUAUGAACUCAGUCGAAUGGAACUUCCAAAAGUUCUGAAACCUAUUGGUCCAUACGUUUCUGAAGAAACAGUUCUUCAAAGUGUAGCAACAGCAUUGCACGUUGGUUCAGGACCUGUUACUGGGCAAACUGCACUUAAAGCUCAAUUAGAAAAAAAUCCUGGAUCAUUCUUGAAUCCUGAUCAACCAUUACUACAGGCUGUUACAAUAACAGACGAAGAUAUCAAAAAACAAGAAGAAAAAGUUUUAGCAGCCAGACAAAGGUUACAAGAAGUACUUCGUUAUUGAAAUUAAGCAUUGAAAACUCAUUAAGCUUUAAAACAUUAAUUAUUAAAACGAAUGUCUAAAAAAGUUAGCAUAAAAACUGUAAAUAUUAAAUUAUUUCUAUAUAAAGAUGUGCAGAGACUGAUAAUUUUAAUAAUAAUAUCAAUAGCUUGCGCAAAAUAAUUGAAAAAUAUUCUGAUAUUUUCACAAAUGACUAGUGGAUGUUUUUACAAAUAUUAAUAACUAUCAUAUAAAAUAAUAGAGAAUAAUUUCCAUUUUCGCUUAUUGCAAUCGAAAAGUAGAAAUUUUAAGAAGUUAAGGACUAGUUUUAAGUAUUCAUUAUAACCUCUGAUUCAAAUACUUUUACAUUAAAUUGAUAUGCUAUUAUAUAGUUUGUGUAAUAAAAUCAGAGAUUGAAUAAAUAUAGAAUACAUUAAAAAUGUAAAAUGCUGUAAUAUUUUUAACUAAUAAACACCAUUAAUAUUGUAA